GAACCUUGUUCCGGAUAGCAUAUGACAAGAGCAACUCUAUUCUGUCCAGUAUAAACUGGACAAGGCUUCUGAAAGCACUGGAGAUAGUUCCUUGAGUCCUAUCCAGGGUUUUGCUUUGGGAAGAAAUUGAGCAGUAGGAAGCCAAACACAAGACCCAAGAGAGCCUGGCCUGGGAGUGCCUGGGAGGAAGGUGAAGAUCGACUGACUCGCAGCCGAGUUUCCAAGGAGGAAACUUCAGCGCAGGUGGCUGUGACUGGCUCGGGCGCUCUGCCACGGGGCUCUCCUCAAGAACACGGCACCACUCCUCCCCCUCGGGCAGCCCAGACAGCAACUGCCCCGAACACAACUGCCUUGUGUCCAGGGACCCAUCGGCAGGACUCAGCCCCCUGCAGAAUGUCCAGCCAGGAUCUCAGCAUCACAGCGAAGCUCAUCAAUGGAGGUGUGGCGGGGCUCGUCGGGGUGACCUGUGUGUUCCCCAUUGACUUGGCCAAGACUCGGCUGCAGAACCAGCAUGGAAAAGAUAUGUACAGAGGGAUGAUAGACUGCCUGAUGAAGACGGCGCGGGCAGAGGGCUUCUUGGGCAUGUACCGAGGGGCUGCAGUAAACCUUACCUUGGUCACUCCGGAGAAGGCCAUCAAGCUGGCAGCCAACGACUUCUUCCGGCAGCUGCUCAUGGAAGAUGGAAUGCAGCGGAACCUGAAGAUGGAGAUGCUAGCCGGUUGUGGAGCUGGGAUGUGUCAGGUGGUGGUUACCUGUCCUAUGGAAAUGCUCAAGAUUCAGCUGCAGGAUGCUGGACGCUUGGCUGUCCGUCAUCAGGGGUUGGCCUCAGCAACCCCCUCCUCCAGGUCCUUCACUACUGGCUCGGUUUCUGCCCACAAGCACCCAUCUGCCACCCUCAUUGCCCGGGAGCUGCUUCGUACCCAGGGCCUGGCUGGGCUCUAUACGGGCCUGGGGGCCACUCUCCUCAGAGAUGCUCCUUUCUCCAUCAUCUACUUCCCACUUUUUGCCAACCUCAACCACCUUGGGCUCAACGAGCUGACUGGAAAGGCCUCCUUUGCUCAUUCCUUCGUGUCAGGCUGUGCUGCAGGUUCCAUAGCUGCUGUCACAGUAACACCUCUGGACGUUCUGAAAACUCGAAUCCAAACCCUCAAGAAAGGUCUGGGUGAGGAUGUCUACAGUGGGAUCGGCGACUGUGCCAGGAAACUCUGGACUCAGGAGGGACCAUCUGCCUUCAUGAAAGGAGCAGGCUGCCGGGCCCUUGUCAUAGCCCCUCUCUUUGGGAUUGCCCAAGGGGUCUACUUCAUUGGUAUCGGAGAGUGCAUCUUAAAGUGUUUUGAGUAGACACAGCUGCAGCCCAAGUCCCUUUACUUGCUGCCGUCCCUAGCCAUUUCACUCAGACCAGAGGGGUGAGAGCAAGAUGGCCCCCGUGUGGUAUUCUGUCCUCUAACUGGUAGUGCUACCUCAGUCUUGGAAGUAACAGCCCUGAUGUAAUAAGUAAGCUGAGUAUAGCCCUAUUCUCCCUUCAUGAUAUCUGCAUUUGUUUCCUUUGGAGGUAUAGCUACCAGGGAUUUUCAGAAGUCCCUAACUAUCAACUUUUCAACAGCAAAAAUAAUACUUGCUUUGGCUGUAUUAACUGUAAAACCUUACCUAUAAAGAUAGAAAGGUUGUUUCUACAUUUUAACAUUUCUAUUUCACACUCAAACUCAGUAUACUUGAGCCAAUUUGAGGAUUUAGUUUUGUUAAUCUUUAAUUAAAUUAGUUCUAGCACUGACUCUGAGGAAAAGGAGGAUCAGAAGUUCAAGGAGACCAUGAAAGUCCCCAACAUCAGCACCAACCUUGACACCAAGCACAAUUUCAAAUCAUGGGUGGCUGAGCAAUGAGGUGGAUUCCAAUUGACAGAGCAGCUGUCCUGCCCCAAUCCUCCUGGAGCAUAGUUCUCACAGACCCAUCCCUACCAAUGUACAGAAAACACUAUUUGAAAUAAAGUUGAAUAGGUAAAAUCUUGUAGCAGAGAGGCUACAAUGAAGAGUG